AUGAGGAAAGGAGGAGCUCUAGGCAGAGGGGCAUUGACCUUGAAGAUCCGCCUGUCCUCCGCGCAUCAACGUCGUCCGCAGCCGUCGCCUCUCGAGGUCUUCCUCGGGCGCCUGGUCGUUGAGGCCGGGGCAUCCGUCAGAUUGCCUGGGUACCACGGCAUGAGCAGCAACGUCCGGGCACGGAUCCCGAGGGCUCCAAGGCGCUUCGAAGACCUGGCGCCGACCACCUCGUACAUCAAUUGGGUCGGUAGCGUCGUUCCAGUGGACAUCCUCUUGCGGGCAAAUAAGGAUGUACCCUUCAUCCCGGGGCCGUGCACCAUCGACGUGCCUCUGAUCGCCUGCUCGCAGUCGAGCGCGCCUGUGGGAGAUGCGUUGGCGGCCGUCUUUCGGGAGCAGGAGUACGACCCGCCGAUCAACGCUGGCCGUACCAGGAUGCAGGAGAUGUGCCGGUGGAACGGGGAGCUCUUGCUGGGCAGAAUUCGACUGAGCCCGAACCGGCUCGAAGACCAGUCAAUGUGGGACCGACGUUUGAGGGCCAGCAUCAAGGUCAAGUCGAUUGUCCUCGUCUUCGGCCACCUCGGGAUGCCUGCAACGCUGGUGCUAGGGGACAAGAAGACGGCGAUGGACCGAAUCAUCGACCGGAUCUUGAGGAAGGGAGCCUCGUACGACGUCGCCGCUCUCCAUAAGCGCAUGCAGGGAGGCCACGAGUCGCAGUCGAGAUAUCUCGACCGACGAUUCACGCCAAGUCUCCCCAACAUGCACAUCACUCUGGAGGGCACCUCAACCGUCAAGCUGGACGGCAAUGGGUAUGCUCUUUAA